AUGAAAAGCGUCAAGGGGGUUGAUGAUUUACCGCGGCGAUUGAUGUCGGGUUCAGCUGAAACAAAUGGAUUGAUUCUUGAAAGUGAUUUGCUGCACGCUACAGAAUUAUCGAAAAUUACCAAAGGCAGCCGGUCCAGGUUCGAGAAAUUCGUGAUGCCGUGCAGAAAGUUCUGCUACUAUCGAGAACAACGAUUGGCCGAGGACCAAUGGGAAUGGUCAACGCGAGCGUUGGAGAUCUUCAUAAGAGCUCAUCGUUUGCUAAAAAGUUUUAUGGACUUCUACAACAAGUUCCACGCGGGCAAAUGCUGCGGCAUAAAUUACGACGCGGUCCCUUUGCACGGAGCACUGGACAUUGUGGCCACGGCAAUGGCAUCAAUAAUCUGCGGAAACGUGCUAAAAAAGGGACCUCAACAGCCUGGAAUGUUUCGUGAUAUGUUCCCUUGCGCUCGCUGUCAAGAUACGCCGGUGUUCCCGGAAGACAUUAUCCGAAAAGUAGUGGACGUAAUUCUGGCGUGUUUGCAAAGAUGCUGCGCCAUCGAAGACAUAGUACGUCACAUAAAGAAUGUCUUAUGCAGUUUGGAGAGUUUAGGCAUGUCGAAGAAAUUUCGAAUGUUGUCUCUCCUUUUGAAAGAAAUAAUGAAGAAGCUGAUUUGCUCCUGCCAACUUACUCUGGAAGAACCGUUCGCCAAUACGCAAGCAAAACUGACGCUAAAUCUCGCGAAUAAUUUCAUUCGUGAUUGGAGUGAAAAGAGGUGUGGGACACGACCCUGUCUGAAGAUAUGCCGGUUUUGCGAUCGUGUUGUCAGUGAGACCAGUCGACAGUGGAACGCCACUAGAGACGAGGCGAUCGAUUGGAGGGCAAAGUCAAAGUCGCCGACGAGAGGCGAACAGUUCGACGACGAUUUAAGAACGCACGUUUCCGCGGAAGUGUCUCGAGCCGUAGGUGAGACAGAUUAUGACGACAGAGAUGCGAGACUCGACGAACAUAAGGAGAACGCGAGGGAAAGUGCCGAUCGAACAAUGGUGCAUCGAUCUGUCCGCGAGGUAAGUGAGACACGUCGCGCGGAAGCUGGAGCAUCCUCGAGGAAAACAGAGGUAGAAAGAUACGACGAGUCGGCCCGGGAAAGGGAUAAAUUUGACAGAGUCGAGGGCAGGGAUUUAACAAAGACGGCAGCUCGUGCGCCGGCGGAUGGAAAGACGAGAGGAAAAAUAAAGAGGAGCCGCGAUAUCGACAGAACCGGCGAGUAUCCUAUCACGCUAGAUGGACGGGAGAAACGUGACGAUGUCCCGUAUAAAAGUAAGCUCGACAAGAUCCGUGGAUCGCGCGGUUUACGUGACACGAACGAUGAACGAGCGGCGGCCGGAAAAAUGAGGAAAAUUAAAAGGGACGUGAAAUAUUCGAGCUCGGGCCCGAUGAAACAUACGGAAUUCUCGAGAUUCGCCAGAAAUCGAACGGAAGAACAAAGGGAAAUUACGUCGGUGAUGACUUCGGAGAGAUCGCCGAAAGGGAAGACGGCAAUCACCGGAAGGAAACUGAGAAAAUUGUACAGAGAUACACCGGAAGGAAAUGAACCGGAGAAACACGUUGAAAGAACAACCGAUACGGAUAUCGACGAGAAAAUAAGCGGUCGAGGACGUAAGAUGAAUCCACGAAAGAAAGAAGACGAGGAGAUGGACGAAAUGGCGGAUAUAAACGAGAGUAAAGUGGCUGGUAGACAAAAGAGGAAGAAGAAGGCAGAUGCAUUUGAUAGUGGAAGAAAGGUGUCUUAUAGGUUUGAUGAAGAAGGAAAAGUUCUUAAACGUGAUGGAAAGAGGAAAAGUCGCUCGAGCAAGGGAGAAGAAGAAACAGAGUCUGACUUAACGAAGAAACAUAGAAACGUUAAGCGUGGCAUAAGCAGCGCCGAAGAUAAAUCAACUCUGGAUUCGGAGAGCAAGGAGGAGAGACGACUUGAUUCCAGUGGAACGGGCGACGAUCAUAGCAAGACAAAUGGAUCUCGUUACCGCAAAAGAAAGACGACACCUGGGAAAUUCAACGAUAUCCAAAUCGACGAUCGAAGCUCGAUCGAGUACCAAUUAUCGAACGAGCACUUCGUGAGGCUCGGCUGGACCGUGCUCCCAGUUGCCAAAAUCAUGAGGAAAAUUAUCCAGUUCAAAAAACAUAAACUCAAUGGAAGAAUGUAUUACGACGAUGGAACUCGUAUCUUUGUCAAUUUUCACACUGAUAGGUCAGCAGAAGUAUUUUAUCCGAAUGGAGUGGUGGCCAUUAAACUUCAGAGGCCGCAAAAUCGAAAAUAUGAUAUGUAUACUGUGUUCAGCCCAGGGGGCAAAGAUUGCAUCGGAGUGGAGAGAGGCUCGCAAAUUGUCGCUGUGUUCGACACGAUGGGAAACGGCGCUGUCCUCGACGAGGACGGUGCAACGAGGCUGUCGUACAAUCAGAUUGGAGGAAUUUAUAGGGAUAAUCCGACGGGAGUGGCGCGGACGUGGAUGUGGGACAUCUGCCAAGACCAAGAAUCGAUAAUCAAGGCUACGUGCACGUACGAAAUAUACGUGUGCGACACAUAAUGCGUUCAGUUCUGACAGUGUCAAAGCAUCGACGUCGCCGGUGAGUCCGCGAAAUAAGGAGAAGAAGGUCGAGGAACUGAAACCUGUUGUUCAGGAGUACGACGACGACGAAGAGGUUGAGUCCGGAAAUUAUCUCGACGAUACUUAUCAUUUGAAGCCGAUCCACUUGAUAAUAAACGACUAUAUUAGCUUAAAAAUUAUCAAUCGAAGAAACAUUACUCUCCAGUUUUUCGGCAACAGGAGAAUUAUC